AUGGCUCCUGGUGGUCCCCCUGGAACCGGCGCUCGCGGCCGAGGAGGAAAAUUCAGAAAGCCUGCUAGAGGAGGUGGCAAGAAGUUCUCCCGCGAUAUUCGACCCCUCGAUGCCGAUGGAAACGAAGUCAGCAUGUGGGCUGUCGACCCCAACAAAGAAGACGACAGCGACGAAGAGGAGUCCUCUGAGGAGGAGGAGGAGGAGUCUGAAGAAGAGGAGGACAGCGACAAUGCCGCAACCGCCGGCCCUGCUGCCGAACUAACACAGGAGCAAUCGCGAGAGGCUCGCAGAGCCGAGAAGAAGGCCCGCAAGGAGGCAGCGAUAGCCAAACAACAGGCCAAGACAGUCGAGGUUGGUGACCUGCCAUCAAGCGACUCAGAAGACAGCGACAGCGACAGCGACUCGGACGACGAUAUGCCCGCCAACCCCAACCACUCCAAGAAGGCGCGCAAGCAAGCCACCGCGGGUGUCGACGAGAUCACAGAAGGCAUCGAUAACAUGAAGGCGGCACCAACCCGUCGCGAGCGCGAGGCCCUCGAGGCGGCAGCUGCCAAGGAGAAACACAUGCGACUGACAGCCCAGGGCAAGACCGACGAGUCCAGAGCCGACCUGGAGCGCCUCAAGGCCAUCCGCGAGCAGCGUGCUCAAGAUGCCGCACGGAGACAAGCCGAGCGCGAAGAAAGAGAGGAGCAAGAAAAGGUCAAGAAGGCUGAGUUCGAAGCUAAAGAGGCCCGUAAACGAGAGGCUGCUCUCGGCAAGAAGGGCAAGAAGAAAUAG